AAACCUAGCUCGUUCCCCUUUCCUCCCCGAUUCAUCCGGUGCGGCGAUUUCAGUGACGUGAGCGCCGGCGGCGGAUCUUGUGGCGCUGACGGCGACGUGGGAGGUGCGGAGGUCCGUCACACGUGCACAUCCGUAAGUGUUUCGCCGGUUACCUUCUUCCCGCGUGUCAUCCAGAAACGGCACCUUCGCGGUGACGAUGCCGACGCACAGCGGCGGCUGUGCGGGAUCUCGACGCGGCGUCAUCAAGGCGACAAUUGCUGACAGAGAUGACCCUGGUGAAGCUAUGAGAAAAAAGUUCGAUGGCAUGCGUGAAAAAUUGGAGUCUGCUGCGAAUUCUGAAGAUUGGAAUAGUGUUCUCAGAAUAGUAGAGAAGCUGAUUCUUCCUCCUGAUAGUGAACCAAGGGAAUGCGUAAUGAAAUUGGACCAAGAUCCGCAGAAGAUCGCAGCUUCGCAAGCAAAAGACUGGCUUGUGAACAAGCUGAAGAAGCAGAACUCAGUUCCAUCAUAUGAAAAUCCUGUCCUAAAAUAUUCUGAUUUACAACAGUGGAUUCACAAGCUAUCAGAAGAACAAAGGCCUGUGAGCCUUGCGUUGGGAGAUUUUAAACUUGAUCUGAUUGAGAUGGCUUUUUUGAACCCAAGCCAAGAAGGUUCUCUAAGUAAUUUUAUCAGCUACUUCAGUGAUCGGCUGUGUAACAAUGACCAAAAUUUUACAUUUCGACAUGGAAAAGAAUCAUGUCACCUAUUGGAAUAUCAGACACCUAAUAAACAGCAACCCAGAUGGAUGUUGAUUAAAAUGAAGAAAGAUAAUGCUCGAGCCGAGAUUUACAUUAGGAGCGAUCACUUCUACCUUUGUGCUUUCAGUAGCAAAAAGGGUGAAAUCUUUGAGCUUGUGAAGGAAGAUUGUCUGCGAAUAAUCAAAAGUUCUGUUGCAUUUGGCUGUAGCACAGACUACCCAAGCAUACUGAACUACGAAAGACCUCGACUGAUUCCAGAAGGUGAAUGUGAAAAGAGGUUGUUGGACAUAAUUCUAAAUAUGGAGGAAUUUUCACAUGGCAUCGAAGUGCUGUCAAACUAUGACCACAGUAUUCUGUCAAAACAUGAUGUGAGUGAGGCUGAAAAACAACAACUCAUUCAAGAAGUGCAAGAGGCAUUAGCUUGGAAUGUAGUGGUUUUAGCUGAAGUUUCAUGCAUCAUUGAUCUAUUUGUAUCCGUCAAUGGAAACUGGAAAGAGAGUUGUUCAAGCUUGACAAAACUCUUGUAUGAGUAUAUGAUGCAUUGGAAGGUAAUGUUAAAUAAGGCCCGCAACGGUGCCAUUGAUGCCAAGUUUGAGGACAACAUAGUGGCUAAAAUCUUGCUGCGAUUUAGAUGUGAAGCAAUUAAGGUGCUUAAUCUGCUGUGCAACGCGAAGGGUCCUGGAAUUAUUAAGAAUGGUGAAGAUGGCAAAGGAUCAGAGGAAGAUUCUGGACCAUCUCGUGGUAAUGACAAAGAGCAAAAGACAUCUGGAUCUAGCUCUGGACUGUCUGGACAUGGUAAGGAUAAAGAAACAAACACACCUGGAUCUGGACCACUUGAUAGUUAUGAUGACAACCUGGAGGGUGACCGUGAUGGUGGAAAACAGAAGGAAAAUUAUAAUGAUAGCAGGCCAGGGACCAGUGAGAUGAGCAAAAUAGCAAUGGCUUUCAUGGGAGGAUUGAUAGUUGGCAAGAACUGGGUUCAGCCUUUGAUCAACAAAAGAAGCAUGGAACCUUUCGUCAUCACAAAAAGAGGGGUGGAAUCUUUGAUCAUCAGCAGAAGAAGCGUGGAACCUUUGAUGGUGCCAUUGCUACCUGAUUCUCUAGGAUCUGCAUAUGCAAGUGGUUUGGGUCAGGUCUUGUCAUUAGUACCUGAUUCUUCGAUGUCUUCACAUGUACGUGGUUUGGAUCCGAUGCUGGUUAACUUCAUCAAGAAUUCGCCUGAGGAAGAUAUGGUUAACUUCAUCAAGAAUUCUAUCCCCUCACAACAAUAUUUUCCUACAGGCCAGACUCUCUUAGAAUUUUUUUCUAUCCACACAAAUUUGUGCUUAAUAAAGACUAUCAUACUUUAUGAUAAUCGCGGUGGUACUUUAAUCUACGAGUCAAAGGAAGGAGAAAAGGCCCAGUUUAUUAAAAGACGCUCCAUUUGGUUAUCAGAGGAUAUAGGAAGAAAACCUUAUGCUUUCAUGGAAUCUCUUGUUCUCAAAGGCCCGAGCCGUCCCAUGACUGCUCAUGAUGGGUACUGGAUCAUUCAAACUGAUGUUCCGGUUGAAUCAUCUUUCGAGCCUGAACACCACCCUGAAAUACCUGGUCGAGUAUUAUAUUUGAAUGAUGAUUUCCUUGACAAACCCAGGGGCAAUUUAAUUUCUAUCAGAGGUGGCCUUGUUAACAUCACAUCAGUGACGUUCAGCAAUGCGGUUCGCUCUUCAAUCCGAUUUUUACUUUGUUCUCACCAAGAUGGCAGUUUUACUAAAGUGGAGGGCGAGCUUAUAUUAUCUGUUGAAAAUUAUCCAUUUGGCUUCACUAUUUUCAAAAAUCAAGUCGAGGAUGAUGCUGUUCAUUUCGUUAGACAGAGUGGCACAGUAUUUGAACUUCCCUUGACUCGGCAUGUUCUUGCACUGCCUAUAGGAUCUCGUGUACAUGUCUUGGGGACUUUGAAACUAGCGACUUUGAAAGUGCUUGUAGAUCAGUAUCUGGUGCUCGACAAGAAUGUUGCAUGGGCUGGAUGGACUGUGGAGACGGGUCUGUAUGCUGCUAUAUGCAUUGAGGCAAGUUCUUUUCUCUAGAGCUUAGUUAUAGGAAAUUUGGAAUUACUGUACUGGUUAUUAUUUUCUGGCUGUACUUGUAGUAGUUUAAUUAGCCCAUUGUAAUGGAUUUGGUGACCAUGUGCGAAUGAAAUAAUAGUACUAAAGAA